GUCGACAAUUACCCCUUUUCUUUAUACAUAUUUCCUUCGUCUAUAAUUUGUUCCUCACGUCUGCCCUUGUCAUUCCUAACAGAAAAAGGCCAUGGCCAAUAGUCACCUCACGCAGCGGAAGCCAUGGAUCGAGACUCCGUUGAUAGAGUCUGCGACGCUUUCAAAGGCAGCAGGAUGUAGAGUUUUCCUGAAGUUGGAACUGCUUCAACCCUCAGGGUCCUUCAAGUCGAGAGGUAUCGGAAAUCUGAUUCGCAGCGCUCUCCUAGAUCCUGCAAAUAAAAACAAGGAGCUUCAUUUCUACAGUUCGUCCGGAGGAAAUGCAGGGCUAGCCGCUGUCAUCGCAGCCCGAGACCUGGGCUGCCCCUGUACAGUCGUCGUACCACAUAGCACCAAGCCUCUCAUGAUCAGCAAGCUACGCGCUGCCGGAGCCACAGAUGUAAUCCAGCAUGGAUCCAGCUGGUUUGAAGCCGACACUUAUCUACGGCAAAACUUCAUCGACAAGAAUAGAGACGAGGAGGACGCCGAUGCGGCCAAGAAACGGAACAUCUACGUGCCCCCAUUCGACCAUCCAGAUAUCUGGAAAGGGGCAGGGACAAUGGUUUCGGAACUUGCUACUCAAUUACCACCCAGAGACACUCCUGCGGGCUACACUUUCCCCGCCGAUGCGAUUGUAUGUAGCGUUGGUGGCGGGGGCCUCUUUAAUGGGAUUGUGGAAGGACUUGGUGAUUAUAUGCGAUCUUAUCCGACGCCAGACUUGGUAACUGGUACAACAUUGAAGAAUGUCCGUGUGUUGGCAGCUGAGACGAAUGGAGCGGAUUCUCUCGCGCUCUCGCUGCGGAGUGGAAGUCUGGAAUCUCUUCCGGCGAUCACGUCCCUGGCGACUUCUUUGGGUGCGCUUUGUGUGGCCCCUCAAACUUUGAAGAAUGCUCAGUCACCACCGGCCGGUGUUGACGUUGUCAGUGUUGUUGGGUCCGACGCUGAGGCUGCGAAGGGAAUCAUUCACUUGGCUGAUGAGCUUCGGUUGCAGGUGGAGCUGGCAUGCGGGAUCAGUGUUGAGAUAGCGGCAGGGUCGAGGUUGAGGGAAGCUGUUCCAGAUCUUACUCCGGACAGUCGGGUGGUUGUGGUUGUUUGUGGAGGAAGCAAUAUUACCGCGGAGAUGAUUGCUGAGUAUCGGCAGAGAUUGCAGAAUGGAUGGGAGUAGACCUUAUCUGAUCUUCUCACUCGGUAUAUUGCGUAAUACAAAAUUGCAGUAUGUACUGUUUUCAAGUUAUGUGUAUAGCAAGGUGAACUUUUCAGGUGUGCUUAACAUUGUUUCCAGCAUUGGGCUUGCAUGUGUCACACUAAGUACUACUGCUAUCGCGUGACUUGUCCUUCCUUUUUUUUGCUACAACUACCACCGAUGUUAUUUACAUGCAAGAAUUUACAACUAGGCCCAAGAUCAAGAC